AGAUAUUAUACUUUUUCUUAUAACUUACAUGAGUAACACUGUAUUUUACAGGUGAUUUAUAAUGCUGCUAUUAGAGAUAUUAAUAGUCUUUAUUUCAGAGUUAAAUCUUUCAGGUCCUCUUUGAGACCCAUCUGGCUCCCUUUGGAGAUGAUUAUUUAUUAGAUUAUUAAUGUUUCCUUGAGUCAAAUUACAUAUUUUAGAGUUUAUGGGACUUCCUCUGCUAAAAAAGGAUACUAUCUUCCAGAAGCAAUGGAUCCUAAAAUUGACUUUGAAACACUCAACAAUUUGCCAGCAACAAUACUAUAUAUCAUCUUUUUAAAGUUUGUGUUUGACGGCAUAAUUUUUGACUUAUUUCUCUCAGGAUUCAAAAAAGAAAAAUUUUGACUCAUUUAGCCAUGAAACAAAGGCCUUUACUUCUCAAGAUCAUAUCUAAGUUUCCCAUGUUAACGUCCCUCAUAAUCUUGUCAAGCGCUAUAUUUUAAGGUAUUUUAAUUGACAUAAAUGUUCCCAGAGACUUCUCACCAAUACCAAUUUGAACUUUAACACUGAAGGUGUUUAGCAGUCCUUGUGUUUUCAAAACUAGAAGCCUUUGCAGGAGAAAAUAUUCAAAUACAAAAUUUCAACUUCUGCUUCAAACAACCUAUUUUGUUACAAAUAAGUGUUUCUGAAGAACCUCUUAAUACUUUUCUGUUACCCCCCUUAUCUGUUAGUCUGCUGAGACUAGAUAUUCAAAUAUUCCAAAAGCCAGAGUGUAUGCAAGUUCACUUUCAUCUCACUUGUCAUAGGAAUUUAAACAUUAAGCCUCAAAGUAUGGCACCCUAUAUGUCUUUUCAAAAACAACAACAAACAACCACGUUGUGACUACUAGAUGAGGUAAAAUUUGUAAUAACAGAAUCAAAAAAGUCAACCCUAACUUUUCAGCGCUUGAACUCCCAAUCACCCCCACUAAAGGCUUCUUCGUUAACCUUGAAUCAUAAGAAUCACUGAUCAUCGAGUAAGUAAGUGUUCGGGAGAUAUGACUGUGAGAUCCAGCUUUGUAAAUAAUUUCUGGAUUUUUGGGGCGAGUCAUUUCAUCUCUCUGAUUCUUAAUCUCUUCACUUAAAAAUGAGGGACUUGGAGUAUCAGAUGAUUUCUAAAUUUCUUCUUACUCAAAGUCUAUUAUUCUGAUCCCAAAGAAGAAAUCGAAUCCUUCUCAAUACAUCCCAAAUUGGAUAUUCUGGAUAAGAAAUUUUGAAACCAAGUCACGCGAAGAGUAUGCGAGGGAUAAGAAGUCUAGUUUGGGGAAGGGUAAACAUUAUGUACGAAAAAGAAAUGUCUUAGAAGAAAGCAGGCAGGGUGAGCGAGGAGGCUGAAGAGUCGCUCCAUAAACUGAGGCAGAAGGAGCAGCCGACAGCAACGCCUACCGCACCCGGAAGGCUCAAGGAGGCGCCCUGGGCAGGGAACUUCCGGUUGCGGGGAAGGGCGGCGUCCUCUCCUAGGGACUUGUCGCACGCGGCUUCUCGUCGCGUUCCGUCUUGCACGCCUCGCAGCCCAGCUCCGCGCGAGUUCCAGGCGCUCAGCCCCGGAGCAGCGCCCCGGCAACCAUUGAGGCGUCACGGUUCGUCACGGGAUUCGGAGCCGGGAGGCUACGGGCGGGGUGUCGCAGCUCUCUUCGAGGUACCUGUCCUCAGGAGCCGCGGCGGCGACUGCGCCUCGGACGGCCGUCGGGGCCGAGAACCAUGAGCCCCAGGGGCACGGGCUGCUCCGCCGGGCUGCUGAUGACUGUCGGCUGGCUGCUCCUGGCGGGCCUCCAGUCCGCGCGCGGGACCAACGUCACCGCUGCCGUCCAGGAUGCCGGCCUGGCCCACGAAGGCGAGGGCGAGGAGGAGACCGAAAACAACGACAGCGAGACCGCGGAGAACUACGCCCCGCCUGAAAUCGAGGAUGUUUCAAAUAGGAAUGUCGUCAAAGAAGUAGAAUUCGGAAGGUGCACCGUUACAUGUGGUAUUGGUGUUAGAGAAGUUAUAUUAACAAAUGGAUGCCCUGGUGGUGAAUCCAAGUGUGUUGUACGGGUAGAAGAAUGCCGUGGACCAGUAGAUUGUGGCUGGGGUAAACCAAUUUCAGAAAGUCUUGAAAGUGUUAGAUUGGCAUGUAUUCACACAUCUCCCUUAAAUCGUUUCAAAUAUAUGUGGAAACUUCUAAGACAAGACCAACAAUCCAUUAUACUUGUAAAUGAUUCAGCAAUCCUAGAAGUACCCAGGGAAAGUCACCCCUUGGCUUUCGAGUGUGACACACUGGAUAAUAAUGAAAUAGUAGCAACUAUUAAAUUCACAGUCUAUACGAGCAGUGAAUUGCAGAUGAGAAGAUCAAGCCUACCAGCCACUGAUGCAGCCCUAAUUUUUGUGCUGACCAUAGGAGUCAUUAUCUGUGUAUUUAUAAUUUUCUUAUUGAUCUUCAUAAUCAUAAAUUGGGCAGCAGUCAAGGCUUUCUGGGGGGCAAAAGCCUCUACACCUGAGGUACAAUCCGAGCAGAGUUCUGUGAGGUACAAAGAUUCAACUUCUCUUGACCAAUUACCAACAGAAAUGCCUGGUGAAGAUGAUGCUUUAAGUGAAUGGAAUGAAUGAUGUUUGAAUGAUAUAUAACAAACCACAGGAUAUUACAGAAUAUUAGAUUCAUUAUUACAAAAAUAAAAUAUACAUUGAAAUACUUUAAUAA